AUGCGGCAGCUGUGUCGGGGCCGCCUGCUGGGCAUCUCGGUGGCCAUCGCUCACGGGGUCUUCUCGGGCUCCCUCAACAUCCUGCUCAAGUUCCUCAUCAGCCGCUACCAGUUCUCCUUCCUGACCCUGGUGCAGUGCCUGACCAGCUCCACGGCGGCGCUGAGCCUGGAGCUGCUGCGGCGCCUUGGGCUCAUCGCCGUGCCCCCCUUCGGCCUGAGCCUGGCGCGCUCCUUCGCGGGGGUCGCAGUGCUCUCCACACUGCAGUCCAGCCUCACGCUCUGGUCCCUGCGCGGCCUCAGCCUGCCCAUGUAUGUGGUCUUCAAACGCUGCCUGCCCCUGGUCACCAUGCUCAUCGGCGUCUUGGUGCUCAAGAACGGCGCGCCCUCGCCGGGGGUGCUCGCGGCCGUGCUCAUCACCACCUGCGGCGCUGCCCUGGCAGGAGCUGGCGACUUGACCGGCGACCCCAUGGGGUACGUAACCGGAGUGCUGGCCGUGCUGGUGCACGCCGCCUACCUGGUGCUCAUCCAAAAGGCGAGCGCGGACACUGAGCACGGGCCGCUCACCGCGCAGUAUGUCAUCGCCGUGUCCGCCACUCCGCUGCUCGUCGUCCUCUCCUUCGCCAGCACCGACUCGAUCCAAGCCUGGGCCUUCCCCGGCUGGAAGGACCCGGCGAUGGUCUGCAUCUUCGCGGCCUGCGUUCUCAUCGGCUGCGCCAUGAACUUCACCACACUGCACUGCACCUACAUCAACUCGGCCGUGACUACCAGCUUUGUGGGGGUGGUAAAGAGCAUCGCCACCAUCACGGUGGGCAUGGUGGCCUUCAGCGACGUGGAGCCCACCUCUCUAUUCAUUGCCGGAGUCGUGGUGAACACUCUGGGUUCCAUCAUUUACUGUGUUGUCAAAUUCUUGGAGACCAGAAAGCAAAGCAACUACGAGGACCUGGAGACGCAGCCCAGGGGAGAGGAGGCACAGUCAGGUGGCGACCAGCUGCCGUUCGUCAUGGAGCAGCUGCCAGAGGAAGAUGAAAGUGGCGGGUCAGAAGGUGGGAAGGCAGCAGGUUGCUGCGCUCCGCGAAGGGGGCAAGGUGCGAGGGGCAGAGGAGUCCCGCUGGUGGCUGGUAGCUCUGCAGAAGCUAGCAAGAGGUCAUUAAAGGAUGCUUACCUGGUAGUGUGGAGGUUGGUCAGGGGGACCAAGUAUAUGAAGAAGGAUUAUUUGAUAGAAAAUGAGGAGUUACCCAGUCCUUGA